UCCAACCAAAUAUUCUGUAUGUGUCUACCACCCAUACAGGUUUCAUGACGAAGAACAUGCAAAUCUUUUGAAUGCUAUGUGGCUGAUAGCUAUAACAUUUUUAAGUGUUGGGUUUGGUGACAUUGUUCCAAAUACAUAUUGUGGACGCGGUAUUGCCGUCAGUACAGGAAUUAUGGGAGCCGGUUGUACAGCCUUACUUGUCGCAGUUGUUUCAAGGAAAUUAGAAUUAACACGCGCUGAAAAGCAUGUGCAUAAUUUUAUGAUGGAUACACAACUGACUAAAAGGCUAAAAAAUGCUGCAGCGAAUGUUCUUCGUGAAACUUGGCUCAUUUACAAACAUACGAGACUAGUAAAACGGAUUAAUCCUGGUCGUGUAAGAACCCACCAAAGAAAGUUCCUUCUAGCUAUAUAUGCGUGAGUAUUUUUGCAGCCAUCACACUUACUUAUCCAGUUUAAUUUAUAGUUAGUU